UAUGGGAGCCGGAGUGAUAAAUAACAAUGGUGAACCUUGCUCUGAAGGUUUAAUGGCAAAAGAAGAACUUCCUCUUUAAUAUUCUACGUUCAUUGAUUAAUACCACAACUAAGGUCGCGUUUAUUUUAUUUUAUUUUACUUAUCGCAAAACCUGGGAUUAUUAAAGUGUCAAGGUCUCAAAGGGAAUCGUGCCGUCAGUGGUUCGCUGGACUUUUCAAGCAGGGAUGGCCACUGCAAGGCUUGAUUACGUUGCUCCGUGGUGGACAUACUGGCUGCACAAUUUCCCUCAUUUCAAUUUCUUUUUCCAGACGGGCGACAACACUUUUAGACCGGAGGAGGCGAGCUAUCAGCAGUCUCUGAUCUUUCUAGCAUGUAUUGGUGCAGUGGGUCUGGGUCUGAGCCUGCUGGUUCUGGCAGUUUACCUGGUCUGCUUGUGUUGCUGUCGCAAGGACGUGGAUGAUGACGCCAAACGACCUGAUACCUGCUGUGUAACCUGGGCUGCCGUCAUCACAGGUCUCAUCAUAUGUUCUGCUGUAGGAGUUGGUUUCUAUGGAAACAGUGAGACCAACGAUGGGGUGUACCAGCUGACCUACUCACUCUACAAUGCCAAUCGCACAUUGGGUGGCAUCAACAAUCUGGUUGCAGGAUCUUUGGGUAAUGUGGAAACUGGUCUCAAACAGCACCUGCAACGGCUGGAUGAGAUCUUUGCGGCAAGGUCCGACUACCUCCAAGCCCUGCGCUUCAUGCAGCUGAUGAUCAACAACGUCAUCCGAGAGAUGACUGCUCUGCCGGACAUCAACAAAGCCAAUGUUGACUUGGCGGCCAUUGCUGAUCAAACAGCCUUCAUUGAGUAUUGCAGAUGGCUGACCUAUCUGCUAUUGCUGAUUCUGGAUCUGGUCAUCUGCUUGGCCAUGUGCUUGGGAAUGGCCAAGCAGUCUCGAUGGCUGAUUAUCAUGAUCAUCGCUUUUGUAGUGCUGUCUCUGAUCCUGAGCUGGGCCUCACUGGGAGCAGGCACUGCUACAGCUGUGGGCACCAGUGACUUCUGUGUGUCUCCAGACAAGUUUAUUGUUAACCAAACCAAGGAUUUCCUCAGUGCAGAUGUUGCACACUAUUAUUUGUUCUGCAGUCCGAAUCUACCAAACCCCUUCCAACAGUCUUUGACAAUCUGCCAGCGUUCUCUGACCACCAUGCAAAUCCAGAUCCAGGGUUUGAUGCAAUUCUCGGUGCCCCUGUUUCCCACUGCUGAGAGAGACCUUUUGGGGAUCCAGCGACUGUUGAACUCCACUGAGUUCAGUCUACACCAGCUAACAGCUUUGCUCGACUGCCGCGGGAUACAUAAGGACUACCUGGAUGCCCUAAUGGGUGUGUGCUAUGAUGGGGUGGAAGGGCUCCUCUACCUCUCUUUGUUUUCUCUGCUGGCUGCCUGCGCACUCUCUGCCAUGUUGUGUGCGAUUUUCCGAGUAUGGACACUAAUGGGCAGCAGGGAUAAAGAGUAUGAUGACAUAGAUGAAGAAGACCCGUUCAACCCCCAGGCGCGACGGAUAUCCUACAACCCCAGAAGGUCCAACAUCCACAGUUUCUGUAGCUAUACCAGCAGCCUCGGCAGCCAGGCCAGCCUUCAUCCACCUCCACAAUCUGCUUCUAAUGUCAUGCCGCCUCCUGAAUACAUGAAUCAGUCCAUGCUGUUUGGAGGGAGCCCUCGAUAUGAGAACGUGCCACUGAUAGGAAGAGGAUCCCCACCUCCCUCGUAUACGCCCAGUAUGAGGACCGCCUAUCUAUCUAUGACUGAUGCCCAGAUCAGACACUUUGGGGCUGACCUCCAGGUGUAGCCUGCUACGUACUGAAUCCUUUUCAGAAAAGCGCUGUCUGAGACUCUGGGUUCUUACCAAGAAGGCUGUCUUCAUGGCAUAAUCCUGUUUACAGGGGCUACAGUAUGCCAUCCCAGUCUGAAACAUGAUAGCAGGCCAUAUGAGGCAAUUACCUCAGUAACACACCAAUGCAGUGCUCUCAAAAGCCCUGCGUGCAGUUCUGAACAGAGAGGCCCUAUACAGGUUGAUCUAACACUGUUGUUGAUGUCAUGAUUUAUGGCUCCAUACAUCAUCAUCUGCAAUGUCCAAUGUAAGCAUGUAUGUGAGCCAAAUCAAGUCUUUGAACUGAUUGGAUCAAAAAAUGUUUUGUUUUUUUUGUCUGUGUGUGUUUGUUUGAUUUUGCUUUUUCCUAUAUUCUGGUGGUCUGCAUGGAUAUGAUCAUCAACAUGGUCAGUACUUUGAUGUUAAGUGCGAUGGCUGAAUAUGACUAAUACACACUCCUUCCAUCAUGGUAUUUUGAUUUUUGCAAUAUCCCUACUCUUUGGAGGUAAUUUUAUUUCUUGAUAUUUUAGGCCUUCAUGUAAUUUUUAAUGGUGCCAUAUGAAAUAAAACACCAUAUUUUUGACUUUUGAAAACAAUGGAUCAUUGUAAAGAGGUCAUUGACAGAUAACAUAGUUUUUUGUUGUGAACAGCCAAAGAUGAUACUCAGUUGAUAUGUGUGGUUAAUUUUAUUUCUCUGUUUCUAGAUGUGUAACUGUCACUGGUUUAAGCAUCUCUUUUUUGUUGUAAUACAUGUGUUGCAUUGUAUGACCUGCUUAUCAGGGAUGAGUGGAAUAGUCAUAGCUGAGGAGUUGAUUGUUUUGAUACAUUUGGAGACUGUAUAGCAGCUGCAUGUGGAAUAUUACCCUGGACUGAAUAAGCAUAACAGAGUGGAUUUUAAUUCACAUCCAGGGGUUUAUAACUGAGCUGUGACACAACCUCAGCAACAAUAACCUUCAAGACAGAACUGGUAAUAUUUUUUUUGUUUACUGUGUUGUAGUGGUAUUCCACUCUGAAAUAACUGAUUACAUACACAACCCAGUGCCAUUAGAUACUGUCAGCUGGUAAAACAUGAAUGGAAUAUGAAGAAAUUAGUAGUGUGUUUGCAUCGACCCACAGUAUCCUGUGGGUAAGAAAAUGUACUCUUCAGUGUUGGAGAAAUAGGCUGUAUGCUGUUUUCUAUGCUGGAUGAUGUAUCAAACUAAACUGAUGUAUGACCAUA